AUGACUAGAAUGAGGAAGAUUCAGCAUGGAAGUCAGAACUGUGGUGGUUUAGUACAGGGGCCAAAUGGUACUAUUGAAAGUCCUGGAUUUCCUCAUGGCUAUCCAAAUUAUGCCAACUGCACAUGGAUCAUUAUUACAGGAGAACGUAACAGGAUACAAUUGUCAUUUCACACAUUUGCUCUUGAGGAAGAUUUUGAUAUUUUGUCAAUUUAUGAUGGACAGCCACAACAAGGCAAUUUAAAAGUGAGGUUGUCUGGAUUUCAGCUGCCUUCAUCUAUUGUGAGCACAGGGUCUAUCCUCACCCUUUGUUUUACUACAGAUUUUGCUGUUAGUGCUCAAGGUUUCAAAGCUAUUUAUGAAGUGCUACCUAGCCACACUUGUGGAAACCCAGGAGAAAUACCCAAAGGAGUACUUCAUGGAACUAGGUUCAACAUUGGAGACAAAAUUAGAUACAGCUGUGUAUCAGGCUAUAUUCUGGAGGGCCAUGCUAUGCUAACGUGUAUUGUGAGUCCUGGAAAUGGUGCAUCAUGGGAUUUUCCAGCUCCAUUUUGCAGAGCUGAAGGUGCUUGUGGAGGAACUCUACGUGGGACAAGUGGAAUUAUUUCAAGCCCUCAUUUCCCUUCAGAGUAUGAAAAUAAUGCUGAUUGCACAUGGACCAUUUUGGCUGAACCAGGAGACACCAUUGCUCUGGUCUUUACAGAUUUCCAGUUAGAGGAAGGAUAUGAUUUCUUGGAGAUAAGUGGAACCGAAGCACCUUCAAUAUGGUUGACUGGCAUGAAUCUGCCUUCUCCGGUUAUCAGCAGUAAGAACUGGUUACGACUCCAUUUCACAUCAGACAGUAACCACCGACGAAAAGGAUUUAAUGCCCAGUUCCAAGUGAAAAAAGCAAUUGAAUUGAAGUCAAGAGGAGUCAAAAUGCUGCCCAGCAAAGACAGUAAUCACAAAAAUUCUGUCUUAAGUCAAGGUGGGGAUGCAGUUGCAUCUGACAUGUGUCCUGAUCCUGGAAUUCCUGAGAAUGGAAAAAGAGCAGGCUCUGAUUUCAGGGUGGGUGCUAGUGUACAGUUCUCCUGUGAAGAUAAUUAUGUGCUCCAAGGUUCUAAGAGCAUCACUUGUCAGAGAGUGACAGAUACGCUGGCAGCUUGGAGUGACCACAGGCCAAUCUGUCGUGCUAGAACAUGUGGUUCCAACCUACGUGGACCAAGUGGAAUUAUCACAUCACCUAAUUACCCAGUUCAGUAUGACAGGAAUAGUGAGUGCAUCUAUGUGUGCACCUAUAUGGAUGCCAACAAAGUCAUCAAGCUUGCUUUUGAAGAAUUUGAGUUAGAAAGAGGAUACGAUACCCUAACUGUAGGGGAUGCUGGGAAAGUUGGGGAUACCAGGACAGUAUUGUAUGUACUCACAGGAUCUAGUGUUCCUGACCUUAUUGUGAGCAUGAGCAACCAGAUGUGGCUCCAUUUACAAUCUGAUGACAGCAUUGGCUCACCUGGAUUCAAAGCUAUUUAUCAAGAAAUUGAAAAAGGAGGCUGUGGAGACCCAGGAAUUCCAUCAUAUGGAAAAAGGACUGGAAACAGUUUUCUGCAUGGAGACACACUUACCUUUGAAUGCCAAGCUGCUUUUGAACUAGUGGGCGAGAGAACAAUUACAUGCCAACAAAAUAACCAGUGGUCUGGCAACAAACCCAGCUGUGUUUUCUCGUGCUUCUUUAACUUCACCACACCAUCUGGAAUUAUUCUUUCACCAAACUACCCAGAAGAGUAUGGAAACAACAUGAAUUGUGUGUGGCUGAUUAUUUCAGAGCCAGGAAGUAGGAUUCAUCUCAUUUUCAAUGACUUCGAUGUGGAGCCUCAGUUUGAUUAUCUUACAGUGAAGGAUGAUGGAAUUUCAGACUUACCACCCCUUGGCACUUUUUCUGGCAAUGAGGUCCCUUCUCAGUUGGCAAGCAGUGGGCACAUAGUAAGACUUGAAUUCCAGUCAGAUCACUCUACCACUGGAAGAGGCUUUAAUAUCACUUACACAACUUUUGGUCAGAAUGAGUGCCAUGAUCCUGGUAUUCCCAUAAAUGGAAGGCGUUUUGGAGAUAGAUUCCUCCUGGGAAGUUCGGUUUCUUUCCAUUGUGAUGAUGGGUUUGUUAAAACCCAAGGAUCUGAAUCCAUAACUUGCAUUAUGCAGGAUGGAAAUGUCAUAUGGAGCUCUACUGUGCCACGUUGUGAAGCACCAUGUGGUGGACAUCUGACAGCAUCAAAUGGAGUUAUCUUGCCUCCGGGGUGGCCAGGUUAUUACAAGGACUCUCUAAAUUGUGAAUGGGUGAUUGAAGCAAGACCAGGACAUUCCAUUAAGAUCACAUUUGACAGAUUUCAAACUGAAGUUAAUUAUGAUACCCUAGAAGUCAGAGAUGGGCCAGCAAACUCAUCACCACUAAUUGGAGAAUACCAUGGUACACAGGCACCACAGUUCCUUAUUAGUACAGGCAACUACAUGUAUCUGCUGUUCACUACAGACAAUAGUCGUUCCAGUGUUGGCUUCUUAAUUCAUUAUGAGAGCGUUACACUAGAAUCAGAUUCCUGCCUUGAUCCAGGGAUUCCUAUGAAUGGCCAUCGCCACGGUAACGGCUUUAGCAUCCGAUCUACAGUAACUUUUAGCUGUGAUCCAGGAUAUACACUGAGUGAUGAGGAGCCACUCAUAUGUGAAAAAAACCAUCAGUGGACUCAUGCAUUACCUAGCUGUGAUGCUCUGUGUGGUGGUUAUAUUCAUGGGAGCAGUGGAACCAUUCUUUCUCCAGGUUUUCCUGAUUUUUAUCCAAACUCUCUUAACUGCACUUGGACUAUUGAAGUAUCACAUGGCAAGGGAGUACAGCUGGCCUUUCAUACAUUUCAUCUGGAGAGCUCUCAUGACUAUUUGCUCAUCGCUGAGGAUGGCAGCUUCACAGAACCAGUGGCAAGACUAACUGGCUUGGUCUUGCCCCCGACAAUUAAAGCUGGCCUCUUUGGAAACUUCACUGCACAGCUUCGAUUUAUAUCUGACUUCUCAAUCUCUUAUGAAGGCUUCAAUAUAACAUUUUCAGAAUAUGACCUGGAACCAUGCGAUGACCCUGGUGUUCCUGCUUUCAGCAGGCGAAUUGGCUUUCACUUUGGUGUUGGAGACUCCUUGACAUUUUCUUGUUUUCCUGGAUAUCGUUUAGAAGGUGCUAAUAAACUUACCUGCCUGGGUGGUGGUCGUCGUGUUUGGAGUGCACCUCUGCCAAGGUGUGUGGCUGAAUGUGGAGCAAGUGUCUCUGGAAAUGAAGGAACAUUGCUGUCUCCAAAUUUUCCAUCUAAUUAUGACAACAACCAUGAAUGUAUCUAUAAAAUUGAAACAGAAGCUGGAAAAGGGAUCCAUCUUAGAGCCAGGAGCUUUCAGCUGCAUGAGGGAGAUAUUGUUAAGGUGUAUGAUGGAAAAGACAGCUUUUCACGUCCCUUGCGGGCCUUCACCAAAAAUGAAAUGAUGGGAGUGAUCCUCAACAGCACUUCUAACCACUUGUGGAUAGAAUUUAAUACUAAUGGAUCUGAUACAGACCAAGGAUUUCAACUCACUUACACUAGCUUUGAUCUAGUGAAGUGUGAGGAUCCUGGGAUACCAAAUUAUGGCUACAAGAUCCGUGAUGAGGGACAUUUUACCGACACUGUAAUUUUAUACAGUUGCAAUCCUGGAUAUACAAUGCACGGUAGCAAUAUUAUGACUUGCCUAAGUGGAGAUCGAAGAGUGUGGGACAAACCUUUGCCUACUUGUAUAGCUGAGUGUGGUGGCCAAAUUCAUGCUGCUACGUCAGGGCGAAUUUUGUCUCCAGGUUACCCAGCACCUUAUGACAACAAUCUGCAUUGCACUUGGAUUAUAGAAGCAGACCCAGGGAAGACAAUUAGUCUGCAUUUUAUUGUUUUUGACACUGAGGUUGCUCAUGACAUCCUGAAGGUGUGGGAUGGUCCUGUUGAAAGCAGUAUUCUUCUAAAAGAAUGGAGUGGUUCUGCCCUUCCAGAAGAUAUUCAUAGCACCUUCAAUUCACUGACGUUACAGUUUGACAGUGACUUCUUCAUCAGCAAGUCAGGCUUUUCCAUCCAGUUCUCAACAUCAAUAGCAUCAACGUGUAAUGAUCCUGGGACUCCACAGAAUGGUACCAGAUAUGGAGACAGCAGAGAACCUGGGGACACUACUACCUUCCAAUGUGACCCUGGAUAUCAGCUCCAAGGGCAGGCUAAAAUUACUUGUGUGCAGCUGAAUAACCGAUUCUUUUGGCAACCUGAUCCUCCUACAUGCAUAGCUGCAUGUGGAGGGAACCUGACAGGCCCAGCGGGUGUUAUUUUAUCACCUAACUACCCACAGCCAUAUCCUCCUGGGAAGGAAUGUGACUGGAGAAUAAAAGUAAACCCUGACUUUGUCAUUGCCUUGAUAUUCAAAAGUUUCAGUAUGGAGCCCAGUUAUGAUUUUCUGCAUAUUUAUGAAGGGGAAGAUUCCAACAGUCCUCUAAUUGGAAGUUUUCAAGGCUCCCAGGCACCUGAAAGAAUUGAGAGCAGUAUUAAUAGCCUAUUUCUUGCAUUUCGAAGUGAUGCUUCUGUUGGCAUGUCAGGAUUUGCCAUUGAAUAUAAAGAAAAACCACGAGAAGCUUGUUUUGACCCAGGAAACAUAAUGAAUGGAACAAGAAUUGGAACAGAUUUCAAACUUGGAUCAACUAUUACCUAUCAAUGUGAUUCCGGAUAUAAGAUUAUUGAUCCCUCUACUAUAACAUGUGUGAUUGGCAUUGAUGGAAAACCAGCAUGGAACAGAGCAUUGCCAUCUUGUAAUGCUCCAUGUGGAGGACAAUACACCGGAUCAGAUGGGGUGGUCUUAUCACCAAAUUAUCCUCAUAAUUAUACUGCUGGGCAGACAUGUCACUAUUCAAUAACGGUACCUAAGGAAUUUGUUGUUUUUGGACAGUUUGCCUAUUUCCAGACAGCAUUGAAUGAUGUGGCAGAAUUAUUUGAUGGAGAAAACCCCCAGGCUAGACUUCUCAGCUCACUCUCUGGAUCUCAUUCAGGAGAGACUUUGCCUUUGGCCACAUCCAAUCAGAUUCUAUUGCGAUUCAGCGCUAAGAGUGGAGCAUCUGCCAGAGGUUUCCAUUUUGUCUAUCAAGCUGUUCCACGUACCAGUGAUACACAAUGCAGCUCUGUUCCAGAGCCUAGAUAUGGGAGGAGAAUUGGCUCUGAGUUUUCAGCAGGCUCUGUUGUUCGAUUUGAAUGUAGCGCUGGGUAUCUGCUGCAAGGCUCUAAAGCUAUCCAGUGCCAGUCUGUGCCUAAUGCUUUAGCUCAGUGGAAUGACACAGUCCCAAGCUGCGUAGUGCCAUGCAGUGGAAAUUUUACUGAACGGAGGGGCACUAUCUUAUCACCAGGUUACCCUGAACCCUAUGGUAACAGCUUGAAUUGUGUGUGGAAAAUCAUAGUGACUGAGGGAUCAGGUAUUCAGAUCCAGGUCAUCAGUUUUGCCACAGAACAUAACUGGGACUCUCUUGAAAUCUAUGAUGGUGGUGAUAUGACAGCACCACGACUUGGGAGUUUUUCAGGUACCACAGUGCCAGCAUUGUUGAAUAGCACUUCCAAUCAACUUUACCUGCACUUUCACUCUGAUAUUAGUGUGGCAGCAGCAGGUUUUCACCUGGAAUACAAAACUGUAGGCCUUGCCGCUUGUCCAGAACCAGUAAUUCCUAGCAAUGGCAUCAAAACAGGAGAUAGAUAUAUGGUGAAUGAUGUUUUGUCAUUUCAAUGUGAGCCUGGAUACACCUUACAGGGCCGUUCUCAUAUUUCUUGUAUGCCUGGAACAGUGCGACGUUGGAACUAUCCAUCUCCCCUCUGCAUUGCUAAAUGUGGUGGAACACUGACAGAUAUGGGUGGAGUGAUCCUGAGUCCAGGUUUUCCUGGUAAUUACCCUAGUAACUUAGAUUGCACAUGGAAAAUCUCAUUAAGAUAUCUUGCAGUGUUUUCCAAAAACUGUAAGGAGCAACUAGGUGCACAUAUUCAAUUUCUGAACUUCUCUACUGAAGCAAAUCAUGAUUUCCUUGAAAUUCAGAAUGGGCCUUACCACACCAGUUCAAAGAUUGGCCAGUUUAGUGGAAUAGAACUUCCACCAUCUUUGCUAAGUACAACUCAUGAAACACUCAUCCAUUUUUAUAGUGAUCACUCAGAAAACAGACAAGGAUUUAAGCUAUCAUACCAAGCUUAUGAGUUACAGAACUGCCCAGAUCCUCCUCCUUUUUUAAAUGGAUAUAUUGUCAAUUUGGACUACAGCGUUGGUCAGUCAGUAUCAUUUGAGUGCUAUCCUGGGUAUGUUCUGAUAGGUCAGCCUGUUCUCACUUGCCAACAUGGAAUCAACAGGAACUGGAACUAUCAUUUCCCCAGAUGUGAAGCUCCUUGUGGCUAUAAUGUAACCUCUCAGAAUGGUACAGUUUAUUCCCCAGGAUUUCCAGAUGAAUAUCCAAAUUCAAAGGACUGUACAUGGCUUAUUUCUGUGCCUCAGGGUCAUGGAAUUUAUAUCAACUUCACCUUACUCCAAACUGAACCAGUGAAUGACUAUAUAGCAGUUUGGGAUGGUCCUGACCAGAAUUCACCUCAGCUGGGAGUUUUCAGUGGCAAUACAGCUCUUGAAACAGCUUACAGUUCAACCAACCAGGCCCUUCUCAAAUUUCAUAGUGACUUUUCAACAGGAGGAUUCUUUGUCCUCAAUUUUCAUGCAUAUCAACUUAAGAAGUGCCAGCCUCCUCCAAUAGUUCCACAUGCUGAUUUAUUUACAGAAGAUGAGGAUUUUGAAAUAGGAGACUUUGCCAAAUACAAGUGCCAUCCUGGUUUCACUUUGGUUGGAAAUGACAUAUUGACCUGCAAACUGAAUGCACAAUUGCAGUUUGAGGGCUCACCCCCUUUCUGUGAAGCACAAUGCCCAGCAAAUGAAAACCGUAUGGAAUCAUCAGGAGUGAUCCUCAGUCCAGGUUACCCAGGCAACUACCCUAAUUCUCAGACCUGCUCUUGGACUAUUAAAAUUGAACCAGGAUAUAACAUCUCUAUCUUUGUAGAAAUGUUUCAGAGUGAAAAACAGUUUGAUGAGCUGGAAAUAUUUGAUGGUUCUUCUGGGCAAAGUCCUUUGCUGGUUGCUUUAAGUGGAAAUCAUACAGGGCAACUGAACUUCACAAGCAAAACAAAUCAGCUGUAUCUCCGCUGGUCAACUGACCAUGCAACCAAUAAGAAGGGUUUUAAAAUACGUUACUCAGCUCCCUAUUGCAGCUUAAACUCUGUCUUGAAGAAUGGUGGGAUUGUAAACAAAACAGGAGGCCCAAAUAGAAGUAAAGUGCACUUUUAUUGCAAACCUGGAUAUAGAAUGAUUGGCCAUACUAAUGCAACAUGUAGACGACGUCAAAAUGGCAUGUACCAAUGGGAUUCUCCUGCCCCGAUCUGCCAAGCUGUAUCCUGUGGUAUUCCAGAAUCUCCAGGGAAUGGUUCAGUUACGGGUAAUGAAUUCUCUUUGGGCAGUAGAGUGAUAUAUGAAUGCAAGGAGGGCUUCAAGCUAGAAUCUAGUCAACAAGCAACAGCAGUGUGUCAAGAAGAUGGAUUAUGGAGUAACAAAGGGAGGCCACCUGUCUGUAAACCUGUAACUUGCCUCAGCAUUGAGACUGUGCUCUCAGAACAUCUCGUCUGGCGAUUGAUUUCUGGGUCAUUGAAUGAGUAUGGAGCUCAAGUCAUGCUAAGCUGCAGUCCCGGCUAUUAUUUAGCAGGACAAAGACUUAUACAGUGCAGAACUAAUGGAACAUGGAGUAUAGGUGAUGAAAGACCAACCUGUAAGGUUAUCUCUUGUGGUGGUCUUCCAUCUCCACCAAAUGGUAAUAAGAUUGGAACAUUAAUAGUGUAUGGAGCCACUGCAAUCUUCACCUGUAACACAGGAUACACACUAGUUGGAUCCCAUGUGAGGGAAUGUUUAGCAAAUGGACUCUGGAGUGGCACCGAAACACAAUGUCUAGCUGGUCAUUGUGGUUCUCCAGAUCCAAUUGUAAAUGGCCACAUUAGUGGGGAUGGGUUCAGCUAUCGCGACACUGUAGUCUAUCAAUGUAACCCUGGCUUCCGGCUUGUUGGCACUUCUGUCAGGAUUUGCCUCCAGGAUCACAAGUGGUCUGGACAAACGCCUGUGUGUGUCUCAAUCACAUGUGGACAUCCUGGGAACCCAGCUCAUGGAGUAACAAAUGGCAGUGAGUUUAAUUUGAAUGAUGUCGUAAACUUUACCUGCAACACUGGAUAUUUACUUCAAGGUGCCUCUCGAGCACAGUGCCGGAGUAAUGGUCAGUGGAGUAGCCCUUUACCUGCCUGCCGAGUGGUGAACUGUUCAGAUCCCGGCUUUGUAGAAAAUGCUAUUCGUCAUGGGCAACAGAAUUAUCCUGAAAGUUUCAAGUAUGGAGUCAGUGUGGCAUACCAUUGCAAGAAAGGAUUUUACCUCCUAGGAUCAUCUGCUUUGACCUGUAAAGCUAAUGGCUUAUGGGAUAGAUCACUACCAAAAUGUUUGUCCAUUUCUUGUGGACAUCCUGGAGUUCCUGCCAAUGCAAUUCUUUCAGGAGACAAAUUUACAUAUGGGUCCAAAGUUCACUAUUCAUGCGCAGCAGGUCGAACUCUCAUAGGAAAUUCUACCAGAGUGUGCCAAGAAGAUAGUCACUGGAGUGGAACUCUCCCACACUGCUCAGGAAAUAAUCCUGGGUAUUGUGAUGAUCCAGGAGUGCCAUCUCAUGGGUCAAGGCUUGGGGAUGAAUUUAAAAUAAAAAGUCUAUUGCGGUUUUCUUGUGAAAUGGGGUAUCAACUAAGAGGAUCUGCAGAACGAACCUGUCUGCUUAACAGUUCAUGGUCUGGUAUACAGCCUGUCUGUGAAGCUGUUUCUUGUGGAAAUCCAGGCACCCCAGCGAAUGGCAUGAUAAUAUACAGUGAUGGGAUACUGUUCUCCAGUUCAGUCAUCUAUGCCUGCUGGGAGGGUUACAAAACUUCGGGGCUGACUACUCGACAUUGUACAGCCAACGGGACUUGGACAGGCACAGCUCCAGACUGCAAAGUGAUCAGCUGUGGAGAUCCAGGUGCAUUAGCAAAUGGUAUUCAAUUUGGAAAUGAUUUUACCUUUAAUAAGACUGUCAUCUAUCAGUGUAACCCUGGCUAUUUGAUGGAGCCUGCCAGUUCAUCCACUAUACGCUGUACAAAAGAUAGUACUUGGAACCAGAGUAAACCAAUCUGCAAAGCUGUCACAUGUGGCUCACCUCCUCAAGUGCUACAUGGAAAAGUGGAAGGAUCAGAUUAUCGAUGGGGUGCCAGUAUAAGUUACAGUUGUGCAGAAGGCUAUCAGCUGUCCAAUACAGCUAUUCUAUCAUGUGAAGGACGAGGUGUAUGGAGGGGAGACAUACCUCAAUGUCUUCCUGUAUAUUGUGGAGAUCCUGGUACACCAGCAGAAGGACGUCUUAAUGGAAAAAGUUUCACCUAUGGCUCUGAAGUCACUUUUCAGUGCAACCCCCUCUUUAUCCUGAUAGGUUCUUCAAGAAGAGUCUGUGAAGCAGAUGGUACUUGGAGUGGAAUUCAGCCAACAUGCAUUGACCCAGCUCAUAACACUUGUGCAGACCCUGGUACUCCACAUUUUGGAAUACAAAACAGUUCCAGGGGAUAUGAGGUUGGGAGCACAGUCUUUUUUAGAUGUAGAAAAGGCUAUCAUAUUCAGGGCUCCACAACUCGUUCUUGCCUUGCAAACUUAACUUGGAGUGGCAUACAGUCAGAAUGCAUUCCUCACGCUUGCAGACAACCAGAAACACCUGCGCAUGUGGAUGUGAAAGCAAUAGAUCUUCCUACAUUAGGAUACACUUUGGUAUACACCUGUCAGCCAGGAUUUUUUCUUGCUGGUGGAUCAGAACAUCGGACAUGUAAACCAGAUAUGAAAUGGACAGGAAAAUCACCUAUUUGUAAAAGUAAAGGAGUGAGAGAAGUUAAUGAAACAAUAACUAAAACUCCAGUUCCAUCAGAUGUGUUUUUUAUAAAUUCAUUGUGGAAAGGGUUUUAUGAAUAUCUGGGGAAAAGACAACCUGCUACUUUAAUGGUAGAUUGGUUCAAUACAACAAGUAGCAAAGUGAAUGCAACAUUUAUUGAAGCAUCCAACAUCCAACUAAAACUAUCAGGCAUUUAUAAGAAAGAAGAAGCUCAUUUGCUUUUGAAAGUCUUUCAGAUUAAAGGACCUGUGGAGAUAUUUGUAAGCAAAUUUGAGAAUGACAACUGGGCCCUAGAUGGUUAUGUGUCAUCAGGGCUUGAAAGAGGUGUGUUUACCUAUCAAGGUGAUAUACAUGGAAAAGACUUUGGAAAAUUUAUGCUCCAAAGACAAGGUCCUUUAAGUUCUGGUACUGACCUUUCAAACCACUACUAUGGCACAAACAGCAGUUCUGUUGCAGCUGCCAUCCUGGUUCCAUUCUUUGCUCUAAUAUUAUCAGGGUUUGCAUUUUACCUCUACAAACACAGAACAAGACCAAAAGUACAGUUCAAUGGGUAUGCUGGACAUGAAAAUAGCAAUGGACAGGCUUCAUUUGAAAAUCCCAUGUAUGACACAAACUUAAAACCCACAGAGGCAAAGGCUGUGAGGUUUGACACGACUCUGAACACAGUUUGUACAGUGGUAUAGCCUUCAGUGCCCAAUCUGACUGAUUCAUAGCCAUACCUCUGAUGGACAAGCAGUAAUUCCUUUGGUGCCAUAUACCAGUUUCCCUUCUUCUCUUGGCUUUGCUGCUGUAAUCUUUAACAUCUUCUGCCGGCAUACAUGCAGCUAAAUUUUCUGGUAAAACAUGUCAGUCUUCUGGGGAUCAGACAAAGAAUAUAUAUAUUUUUUUCAUCUUAAAGGUGGAUUAAAAUGCCUGGCUGCAUCUGCUUCAAAUCAAGGCACACUUUAAGGAAGACUGCCAAUCAUGCCAAUUUGUCAUAUUUAAUGCCUCAGACUUUCAUAUUUGUAUGUGGCUGGAUGCCUUUCAAUGCAAUCUUCUGGGCACUUGGAGAAAUCCUUUAGGUACUGUGACAAAUGAUAGCACCACAGAGUAUCCCCAAGAACAGGAAUAUUAUGAAGAAAAAGCUUUCUUGAAGGAGAAGACAACCUUCCUCAAGGUUGCAAACACCUACAAAUGCUUUACCAUUGAAAUCGUGUUGAAAUUAAAGCAACCUGCAGUAUAUCUCAGAUGUUCAUUAAUAGGGCAGUUUGCAAAUUCCCAGUCAGCUGUUGUAUAGCAAAACAUUAAUGCACAAUUUUUUGCACUAGAGUGUCAUGGAUGACUGAGUACGAUAUUGGUAAAAAUAUACAGGGUUUAUACACACUAUCCAUUGUAUAUAAACAUUCACUCACUGUUUUCAGAGCAAAACAUUCCUUAAGUUUACCUGGUGUGUUAGAAUAAGACCCCAUACUUAGCACAAGUUUGAAAUCUUGUGUGAUAGGAAAAAAAAUACAUGCUUUGUUUAAUUUCAUUUGUCUAAAUUUCUCCUUAGACAUCAGUACAAACCAUUGGAGACUUCCAGCCAGAACAAGAGCCCAUUUCUAAGACAUUUUCAUUUCUUCUAUUGUUUCUUCUGAAAUCAGUCAUCAAUCAUUAUUGUUGGCAUCAUACUAUUAAACAGCAGGGGGGUUAGCAGCUAUUGCUGCUUGCCAUGUACAAAUGUGAAUAGUAAUUUAUUUUAGAUAGCUCAUAAAGCCUGUGAGCCUCUGCUCACAAUACAGUCUUCCCUUUUGCAUUUUUUUCCAUUUGUCUCCAGUUAUAUGACAUCAUUUUUUAAUGUUACAUUGAACUAAAACACAUUACAGUAGCAUGCAAAUUAUACCCAAUGCAAAUUGUUCAUAACAAGCUACCAUUAAGUUUCUACACUGAACAAAAGGAAUAUGCUUUGUUUUUCUUUUUGGGGGGUUUUUAAUUGGUUGGUUGGUUUUUAGAUUUUUUGGAGUUCCAUUUUAACACCUUGCAUAAUGCUGUUUUGUACUCACACAGUUUGACAGAGAAAAUUUGAGAUUUUUAAGUAUGUAUUUUGGCAGCAAUGCAACUAACAUUAGUUUGGAGCUUUUGGUAAUUUUUAAAAAACAAAUAUGGGAUAAAAAGAUAUGGAUGGGUAGAUUGAUUCAAAUAAUCCUUUAAAAUUGCAGAUUGCAGAAAACAGUGCAAUAUAACUUGCUUUCAGUUAAAUGUGUGAGCAUAGAAACUGAGGGAGUUGUUUUGUACAUCAGUUCUAAAACCAAGCUAAUAUCUUGUUUAACUUUCAAAUCCAAACUUUUUAAUGUCUUUGCUAUUAUACUGAACUAUUUUCAAACAAUAUAUUUUAAUUUUAUGUGAGGAGAAUGUGACUAGUAAACGUAACAUGAACAGAUAUUAAGAAAGAAAGAAAGAAACAGAAAGAAAGCAAGCAUUUUUGGCUAAUGAAACAGAAUAGGAAAAUAAUUUAAAAGAUAAACCUUAAUCAGCUUAGAAAAUUUAACAUCUUUUAGAUGUAAAAUUUCAGCAAUACUAUAAAGUAACUUAGAGCCUCCAGCUGUUAUGUUUUUCACCUGAAGAAAAAAUGGUGUUUAAUAAAUAUGGUAUUUAAUAAUUAUUUUUAAUAGUUUCAUUUUUUGGUGGUAGUUUUGUUUAUUGCAUAUUAAUUUAUAUUUCUCUGUUAUACCCUAAAGCGCUACACAUUUUUCUGAAAGAAAGUAAAAAUGAAACGGUCAGGUCUGAAUCAGUCUCCAUUUUCUCCCAUUCCUGCCCCAUUGUACAGGAUGUUUCUUUGUUAAGGGAGGCUCUCUUACCACACUUGGUCAGGGAGGACAGUGGUAACUAAAUUGAGGUCAUAGAGAUGGAUUGCUGAUCCUCAAAUUAUCUUUUUAAAAAACUGUGUUAGCAACUUUGGGAUUCCAUUUGUGAUACCAAAGACAGGGAAAAAUCUCAGAUUUUAGUCAUUCAAAACAAGUGCAAAAUGCUAACUAAAUAGUCUUUGUGGAAGCUGUCUAAUUCUACCUUUUCAGCGAGCUUGUCAAUAUCUGUCCAUGAAUGAACACUGAGGAGUAUUGGGAAAGAAGUUCAAAACAGAAAAGAGAAAAAGAUCAAAAUAAAUUAAUUUGCUGGUUGUCACAUGUUGCUUGCAUGGCCUAAUCUUGCAACCCCUUCUUUUAGCUGGUUAUUUAUGAAAGAUGUGUAAGGACUACACAACUGAGAAAAUGUUCUAGAUUAGAUCAUUUCUCUGGGGUAUGUAAAGCUUUGCUAAGUAGCAACGUAUGUUAGUUUGUACUGAGUGCUGCAAUAGCUGUGUCCUGGACUUGAGUUAGCUCCUUCCAAACUAGCUUAGGUUUCUCUGUCCAGUAUUGCAUUCUGCUAUGUCCAAGUAUGAUGAUCUAAAGCAGCCAAAAUAUCCUGUGAUACUAACUGGGAGUGUUUCCUGUCUAGGAAUGGCAGGAUUAGGCCUCAAUAGAAAGAAAGAUCUCCUUACAUUUUCAAUUCUGUGCCUAUUGCUCAAUGGUCCCUCCUUCUCUAUUAGAUUUGCAUUGCCCUGCUCAGGUUAGACUCCUGCUAUUACAUUACGGAGGGCUCUGUGUGCACAGACUUGUAUGUGGUGCUUCAUCAAAACAAGUCUCUUAAAAUAUUGUACAGCAGUCAGGUAAUGGCAGCCAGGAAAUUUACUUUCUGAGAUGUUUGCAGAAGAUACUUUCUCAUUGUUGACCAGACCCAUUAUGAUGGGGAAAGAAUACAUGCUAUAUUUUUUUUUAAACAGGAUAUGUGCUUCAAAGCUGUUUAAAACUGCUGCUUGUAUCACACAUCUUGCCUUUCUCCAGGCUCGCUGCAAUAAUUUUUUUUCUUGUGUAAAAUAUUUUGUAAACAAAGAAAAGCUGUUAUUAAAAA